CUGGGGAAAAAUGCCUUUUCAUUCUCAUCCUGAGUGGAGCUUGGAGACGAUCCCUUAUAUCGGCAAUUGGCCGAUGUUAUGGAAAAAUUGUGAUUCACCUUGAGCCAAUGGAAAGGGUGAAAAUCAAGUUAGGAAAUCCCCAAACAUUCGGGCGCUUUGGUGGAGCAUGCGACUGUGCGUGAAUGUGAAAGUUCUGCGUUUCAUUCAUCGGCAAAGAGUUGUUCAAAGGUGUGGUUUCUUUACGAUUGACUGGAAUUUUAUUUGCCUGCACAAACAGAUACAUGGAUACAAGCAGCGGCAUGGAACUCUCUGCCUCCUGAGGUCCAUUACACAAUGUUGCUGGAAUAUUUCUCUUCCACAAGAUUAUAAUUUCACCUCGUGACAAAAGAAGUUUCCCCGCCUGGCACACAUGCAACUUUGAUUCAAGGUUACUCAUCCUGACACGUCUUCCUUUCAGCAAGCUCAUUAAGGCUGACAAGACUGAUAUAGUUCUUCGUGCUAACUACCUCCUGGAGCCCUGAGCUGCCAUCACUCCUUUGGAUUCAUUGGGAGUGUCUUUUACCUGGUCCUGGAGAUAUCUUGGAACUCUUUCUCAGUGAAUUAUGGCUGCUGCAGUCCAACACACCGAGCUUGUGUUUGAAUUUGCUAGCAAUGGAAUGGAUGAUGUGCAGCAGCUUGAAGAUCCUCUCCCGUUUCCUGCAGUAAUAGUAGAACAAGUACCUAACACAGACUUGUUCUAUUCCAGUCUGGAUUGUGAUGAUGUUUCUUCUAGAAUGAUGGACAAUACCUCUCUAGAUGUUGUAGAAGAACAAAUAAUAGAGGAUAACAUUGGCCUUUCAGUGGAAGCUUCCUGUGAGAAUGAAGACGAGACAAUGGAGACAAUCGAGGCUGCUGAAGCACUUCUUAACAUGGAAUCCCCAAAUGCUAUCUUGGAUGAGAAGAGAAUGUUUCACGGAUUUACACACCCUCUGGAUGGAGAAAUGCCAGACUCUGCUUUGCAAGUCACUACCACAUUAGAUAAAAUCCCUGAUGUAAUAAAAAGAUCUCCAACUCCAAUGGCAGCUGAUGAAGAUGAUUUUACAAGUGACUCUCCAAGAAAAAAUGCACUUAAACAAAGGAAAAAGAAAGGUCGGAAGAUGAAAUCCUCUCGCCCAUCUUCGCCUGUCACAGCUCCGCACCUUCCAAUUAAAAAGAAAAAUAAGGAUGGGAAAGGGAACACUAUUUACCUUUGGGAAUUCCUGCUAGCUCUCCUGCAAGAUAAGAACACUUGCCCAAAGUACAUCAAGUGGACGCAGAGAGAAAAGGGCAUUUUUAAGCUGGUGGACUCGAAAGCUGUGUCAAAAUUAUGGGGCAAACACAAAAAUAAACCAGAUAUGAACUAUGAAACGAUGGGCAGAGCCUUGAGGUACUACUACCAGAGGGGAAUUUUGGCUAAAGUAGAAGGUCAGCGGCUGGUGUACCAAUUCAAAGACAUGCCCAAGGAUCUGGUGGUCAUUGAUGAUGAUUCGGCUAAGCAUGCUGCACCUAAUCUGGACCCCUCAUCAGAUAUUUCAUCACCAACAAAGAGGAAAAAUAUCACCCGUGGAGUCUCACAGUUGCAGAAUGUAGGCAGGCUAGAAGCUGUGCCACAGUCAGUUUUGAUGCAGCACAUCAAGCAGGAGCACGCAUCACCGCUGAUUCAGCCUCCUCAAAACACUGGAGGGCCACAGAGUCCCAUUUUAUCAACCAUGCAGGCGCUACAAAACAAUCAAGUCCUUCAGCAAGGACUGCCAGAUGUAUCCAGGGUUCCUGUAACUAUGUCUUCAGGUGUACAGACAAUCAGGACAAUAAGCAUCCCGGGCCAGGUUCCGAUGGUGGUGACUUCUGGUACACAUGCUGUCGGUACUCUAAUGCUGCAGACGAUACCCAUCACAACUAUGCUGACUGGAACAGACCGCUGUCCUUCCAAAGUUAUUUUGCGUGCCAUUCCAUGUUCAGAGGGAUCUAAGGAAACUGUCACAAUACAGGCCACUUUGUCUCCCUCAGUGACAAAUGGCAUUGGCUUAACUGAGGCCCAGCAGACCCAGGUGAUUGCCACCAGUCUUUCACUAUCUGAUGCUACAUUUCAGCCAGUUAUAAGUAAUUGUGUACAACCUUCUCUUGAUGGCAUCACACAGCUGGUGACCCUCAACAGCAAUGGUCAACCUGUGGUUGCUCACCGUCCAGGCAGUGUAAUCGCCACAGUGCUUAAGCCACCCGAACCCAUUCUGGACACUUCCGAAUUUCAGACUGUGGUCACAAGUUCAAAUGCCACCAUUCCCAGAGUCAGGAUGGUAGAAGAACCUGGUCCUCCUGUGAAUGACGAGCCCAACUAUCAGCAUCUCAAUACUGUAUUGCUGAGCAAUCCCAAUGGUAUUGCGACGUCUGUGAUAAAGAUCGAAGGGAUGGACAGACAUUUUGAGAAUACUGCACAAAGCUCUGAGAACCUCAACAGUUCAUUGUCACACAGCCUGAAUUGUGCUCUCACUCCUGUAGUGAAACUGGAAGCCAAUGAAGAGUGCUCAGUAUCAACCCUGCACACAGACCACCAAUGUGAUCAAGCCAACACUCUCAUGGAUACAGAGCUAAACGAUACCAUGCCAUUCCUGAAACUGGAAAACUCUCAGACUUUUCCACAUGCAGUGAGCUUGCUUAACUAUCCCAGUAAUGUGACUCCCAAUCCAUGUGCCAUAUCUACUCCAUCUAUAGCAAAGCCGACAGAUCUGUAAAUAGUGUAGAAAGCAAAACCUUUUGUAUCUUUUACAUGUUGGACUGGAAUUUGUCCUGUCUCAUCAUGUGAAGGAUUGUAAAUAAGCAGUUAUUGAUUCAGAAUAUUUAAUACUGUGUCCAGGCCAUCAUUGUCAGUUACAAUUUGAAAGAACGUCAUUUUAAAUCUAGGCAUCAAUAUCAGUAAAGUAAUCAAGGGACCUAAAUGGUGUAAUGAUUUUCUAGUUGUAAGUUUUGGUGCAGAAUCAAAACUCCACACAAACUUCUCUUCUAUCUCAGUCCAGCUUUAUUCUUCUUUGCCUCUUUUAACAAAAAAAGCAUUUCCUUGAACUUAAGUGCUAACGCCCUUCUUCAUUAUUACCAUAUAGGUAAAGGGUAAGUGGAUGUUUCAAGUGGGAUUUAGAUUAAAUUGCUCCCUGGAAGCAACCAAGCAUGGGAGAGCCACCUGAGUGUAGAUGUUUCUGACCAGUUGUCUAAGUACUGUGCUGUUGGGUUAAUGCUUUCAGGCUUCCAGAACCAAUCUGGAUGAGAGUUAUAUUAAAAGCAAAAUGCUGCAGGUGUUGGACAUCUGAAUUAAGAAUAGGGCUGAAAUAAUCAAUGGAGCAGAUAACAUCUAUGAAGAGCAAGAAAUUGUUAUUGUUUCAGGUUAAUUAUUCAUCAUUAAUGUGAAUCAUUAGCUUGGUUUCUCCCUCAAUUGAUGCUGACAGAAUGAGAACUAAUUAAACUGAUGUUUAAGAAUAUGUUAACAGGUGUAAAUCCAAUUCAGGUCUCGCUGCCUGUUUUCAAUUGUGUGAUGUGCCUAGAACUGAAUAAUUCACUGAAUUCCAGCAAUUUCCUUGCAGUUAUGUCAUUGAAAUCACUGCAUUAACAUAAAGUGCUUAAUGGUUCUUUUUAUACAUCAUCCUCUUGCCCCAGCACAUUUGCAAAAAAAAACUAUGAAGUGUCCAUUUUAAGUAAACAAACAACUUAAUCUGGAUCAACCUUCAUACGAUUAAGUCUUCUUUGCCCCUUAUAUGGCCUAUUUAUGUUUUGUGAACAUUGUUUCAGAGUUCUGUUUCUCGCCAGAAAUUUAACAUUUAGGAAAUAAUAUUGAAUGUAAUUUUAGCUCACCGUGAUGAUAUUGAUGAUAAACCACAAGAUGAAUAUUUUAUCUAAAUUGUUAAUUCCUUGUAGAUUAACUACAGAUUGCUAUAUUUUCAUAUGUGAUAUGAAGAGAAAUCUUCAAGAUAAAAAUGUGAACUUGGGAUAUUUUGUAAGAGGAUUUUUUUUCAAAAGUGUAUUGUAAAUAUUUAUCUUUGAUAAUACAAAAUCUAUACAUUUCCUGAUGCUACAUUUCCUCUUGGGCUCCUGUUUUGAUGAAUUUCCUAUCGGUUUGUUAGUGGUUUAUAGCAUUGUUCUAUUGAAUGCUUUAUUCAGAGGUCUAAUUUGAUAUUGUAGCCUCUCAAGAAAAAAGCCAUGUGGAAGAGAGAGAGGAUUACAUGAAAAAAAAAUAAAAUUUGUUUUGUU